AUGGAGUCGUGGUGGGGAUGGGCCACUGCUGCUGUGGCUAUUCUGGCGGCUCUAUAUGUCGAACAAAGGUGGGCAGCUCCAAGUCAGGCUCGCGAAAUCGAAGAUUUGCCUGUUGAGCAAGUGGAAGAGGCACCGGCCGGUGAAGAGCAAGCACAGCCGCCCGUGCACCACGUCGUUUUAGAAGACGUAGAGGACGACGAUUUGGGUGUUCCGGAAAACCGAGCGGCUCAGGCACUAGCUGAGGCACAGGCGGCCGAGGAGCCUCAAAGAAUGAAUAAGUGGAAGACUCGAGAGGUGGGGAAGAAGAAGGCCAAGUCACUUGCCCGCAAAGAGCAGCGAAGACAAUGGUUUGAGUAUGUGCGCGAGCGGGCUGGCGAAGAGCGGGAGCGAGAACAGCUGGAAAGAGAGAUGUUUGGGGACCUGAUUGCUGCCGAACAGGAGGAGAGACAGCAGCGCAUCGAAGAGGCCCAAGCGGCGAUUGAGCACCGCAGGAAACAACAGCGGGCCCGUGAAGAGGAGCUUAAAGAACAGCGUGAACAGAGAAGGGCACAACUGCAGGCAGAACUGGCCAGAUCAGGCCGAGCUGCUCUGACAUCUGACGAAGACCUGCUGCUGGCAACAGAUCUGGGGCACAUUGUUUCUGGUGGUGACUACGUCGUCACUAUCAAUGACGAUCUUAUCAGUAAAAUUGCAGCUUCGAUUGAGGGCCGCACAGACUUCUCGGACAUCGCCAAUAGCAUCUCUACAUAA